AUGGAGGUUCUUCAUGCAGAUGGUGGAAUAAAGCUGGGACGUGCUCAAUAUUCCUCGGCUCUCAGCGCAUGCGCAGCGGCGAAGCAAUGGCAACUGGCUCUGCACCUCUUCCACUCCAUGCCAGGAGCCCAUGUGGUAGCUGAUGUCAUCACAUACAGUGCUACAAUCAGCUCCUUCGAGAAAGCUGGCCAGUGGCAACUGGCACUGCAACUUUUCGAGGCCAUGCCCAGUGCGAGUCUGACGCCAGACGUCAUCAUCUACAACACCACCAUCAGCUCUUGUGAAAAAGGUGGCCAGUGGCAGCUAGCACUACAUUUGUUCCACACCUUACCCACAGCACAGCUCACACCCGAUGUCAUCACCUACAAUGCUGCCAUUAGCUCCUGUGAGAAAAGGGGUCAGUGGCAGCUGGCCCUCCAGCUGUUCCAUGCAAUGCCGUCCGCCUCGAUUGCUCCCAGCAUUGUCAGCUACAGCGCUGCCAUCAGCUCCUGCGAAGGUGGUGGGCAAUGGCCACUCGCCUUGCAACUCUUCCGCUCGAUUGCCGAGGACAAGCUGGUUCCCAACAUCGUCAGCUAUGGCGCCUUAAUCAACGCCUGUGGGAAGAGCGCAGAGUGGCGCUUGUCAUUGCAGCUGUUGAGCUCCCUUCGACUCGACGGAUUGUCGCCCAAUGUCAUCAGCUACAAUGCGGCCAUCAGCUCCUGCGAGAGAUCCACAGCUUGGGAGUGGAGCCUCCAUUUGAUGAACGCCAUGCCGAAGUCGAAGCUAUCCCCAAACGUCAUAAGCUACAACGCUGCAAUCAGCUCCUGUGAAAAGGGAGAAGAGUGGCAGUUCUCCUUGUCUCUCUUCCAUGCCAUGCCUGAGAAUCAACUCGUGCCCAACAUCACCAGCUACAACGCCACCAUCAGCUCUCUUGCCGCGGGCGCGCAGUGGCAGAUGGCUUUACACCUUUUCAGCGAGAUGCCUGACACAGAGCCGGGAAAGAACUUGAACAUCAGCUACAACGCCACCAUGACCUCCUGCGAAAAGGGGGGACAGUGGCAGCUGGCUCUUUUCGUCUUUCAAUCCAUGCCUCAGGCCCAGCUGACACCGGAUGUGAUCAGCUACAGCACCGCCAUCAGCGCCUUCGAGAGAGAUGGCCAGUGGCAAUUGGCCAUCGCCUUCCUUGACGCCAUGGCGACGCAAAGCCUCCCCAGCGAUGUCAUCAUCCUCAACGCGGCUAUCAGCGCUUGUGAGAAGGGCGCGCAGUGGCAAAUUGGGCUGCAUCUCUUCGACUCGAUACAGACGGCAGGCUUGACUCCAGACGUCAUCAGCUUCAAUGCUGCCAUCAGCGCCUGCGAGAAGGCUGAGAGGUGGCCUCUGGCUUUGCGGCUGCUGGCUUCCAUGCCCCAGGCCGAAGUUGCGCCGGACGCUGUCAGCUUCAACGCCGCGAUGAGUGCCUGUGGUCCGGCAAACUGGCGGCUGGCCCUCCAUUUGUUUCAGGCAAUGCCUUCAGCCAACUUGAAGCCGAACCUCGUCAGCUAUAACGCCGUCCUCGAUGCAGCUUGCCAUCGAAGUGUCGGCUAUACGUUGUUUUUGCAAGCAUUGCAUGCCAACUUCUACGACCACUUGCUCCACAAGGGUUCGACGACCUUAGACUUGCAUGAGAUGUCACCUGGAUCAGCUCUCCUGGCUGUGAAAUGGUGGCUCUCCGUCGUUCUGCCAGCUCUCCUUCAUCCUCAGAGACGUCAGACAUGUACCAUUGUGCCGAAGCUUCUAUGGUGA